AUGUUUGACAUACAGCCCCCACACACAAAAAUUAAGCCGCUCGUUUUAAUCGUUCGACUCGCAUUUAUUUUCGCAGCCAGCUCAGUCACAUUCGCGCACGGCCAAACCAGCAUUGAAGCGGCAAAAGCAGAUCCACUCCCCGCCAAAGUUACCAAUGCAGCAACCCAAGUUGCAGCAACGGCAAAAAACAGCGACACAAAACCGCUCCUUAGCAGCCAACGCGCACCGCUCACCUAUUGCGACGACACACCAAGCGACGUAUUAAAACCAUUCCCCGCAGGCAGCACAUCGGCCAGUGCCAACAUCGUCAAAGGCGCAGUCAACGACACACUGAUACUCAAAGGCAACGCCUGCGUGGUGCGCGACACUGUCAAAAUGCAAGGCGACACCGUUUUAUACCGCUACAACGACGAGCAAGUCAGCGCCACAGGCAACGCCAUCAUCCGAACCAGCACAGGCGACGAAAUCAGCGGGCCAUCGGUCUCAUACAAUUUAAGCACUGAAACAGGCCAAGCCGCGCCAGCAGACUUCAAAAUCGGCAGCACAGGCGGCCACGGCAAAGCCGAAUCACUCAACAUCAUCUCCAGCCGCCGCGCCAUCAUGCAAAAUGCGUUUUACACCACAUGCCGCGCCGACGACCCAGAUUGGUACAUCAAAAACCAAACCUUAUUGGUAGACCAAGACACAGACAGCGCCUCGGGCAGCGGCUCGGUUUUUGUAUUCAAAGGCGUGCCCAUGUUCGCCAGCCCAUACAUACAAUUCCCGCUGGGCAAUCAACGCCAAUCAGGUUUACUCACGCCAACCAUUGGCUACAGCACCGACUCAGGCGCAGACUUGGCCAUCCCGUAUUACUUUAAUUUAGCACCAAACUAUGACGCCACACUCACACCCGGCAUUUUGACCAAACGCGGCUUCAAGCUUGGCGCCCAAUACGGCUACUUAACCAAUUCAAGCGCCGGCAGCUUUUACUCUGACCUGCUGUUCGACGACAAAGUCGCCAAACGCAAUACCAACCAGUGGCUGACAAACAACCCUGGCGCGACCAAACUUGGCGGGGGCAAUAUUUCCAACACCAACCGCUGGUAUUGGCGCGCCCAACACCAAACCAGCGGCACAUUUGCCGACGGCGUUUGGGUCGCCAGCGUAGACAGCCAACGCGCAUCCGACAACGCGUAUUUUGACGACUUUAACGCACCAGGCGUCGACACAUCCUCGCGCAUACUCACCAGCGAAUACGCCCUAAAAUACAGCCGCAACAACUGGCAAGUCACCCUGCGCGAAAAAACCAACCAAACCCUGCAAAACCCCAAUGGCACCGUUGCCGCACCAUACGAUUUUGAGCCACAACUCACCCUCACUGGCAGCGAGCGUUUUGGCAAUUGGGUUGCCAGCCUCGAAUCAGAAUCCACCCGCUUCAAACACCCUGACCCAGUCAACUACGCGCAAGGCUGGCGCCACUUCGCCUACCCAAGUCUGCGCUACGAAUACCGCACCCAAGCAGGUUUCAUCACACCAAAAAUCGGCGUUCACGCCACACAAUACAACCUAUCAUCCCUACCAAACAGCGCGGCCAAUACAUACAGCAAAGACGCCAACCGCCUUUUGCCCAUCGCCAGCCUAGAUGCAGGCCUCGUGUUUGAACGCAACAGCUCAUGGCUGGGCCGCGCUAGUACCCAAACCUUUGAGCCACGCGCGUAUUAUUUAUACACACCCUACAAAAAUCAAAGCAACAUUUGGAACUUUGACUCAGCCGCCGGCGACUUCGACCUCAACCGAAUUUACGGCGAAAACGACUUUACUGGCCGCGAUCGCGUAUCCAACGCCAACCAAGUCACCAUUGGCGCCACCAGCCGUUGGAUUGCUCAAGACACCGGCGAAGAGUUAUUCCAACUCACCGCCGCCCAGCGCUACUACAUAACCCCGCAAAAAGUCACAUUAACAGGCGGCAGCACAGACGAAUCGAGCCGCAAAUCCGACAUCCUCGCCUCCGCCUCAGGUCAAAUCACACGCCAAUUCUGGGUAAGCGCCUUUGGCCAAUACAAUAUUGACAACAAAGAACUGCUCAAAACUGACCUUUCUUUGCGCUGGCAACCCGCCCCCAAAAAAGUACUGAACAUCGGCUACCUAAACAACAGCGUACUCAUCCCAGAAACCAAAAGCAUCUACGCAUCAGGUCAAUGGCCACUCAAACUCAUAUCCAAACGCUUAUACGGCGUCGCCCGCUUCAACUACGACAUCAAAAACAAACAAAUCGCCGACGCCUUUGUUGGACUUGAAUACGUCAAAGACUGCUGGGUCGUCCGCCUCGUCGGAGAACGCACCAUCACCAGCGACAGCAACGCCAAAAACGGCGUCUACCUCCAGCUUGAGCUCAAAGGCCUUGGCGCAUUAGGCACAGACCCAAAAGACGUGAUUAGCUCAGGAGUUGCGGGCUAUGAAGCCAUGAAAUUUGAAGAUGCGGAUGAGAUUGAAGAUGAGGUUAAAGCUGUGGCGGAGUCAAAACCACUCAGCCAGUAA